UCGUGGGCAGCAGGUGGGACCAAUUCUGAUCGCUUUCGGUAUUCCUCCCCUCCAGAAACUGGAACAUUGAUGCGGAAGUGGCUUCGGGCCAUCUCGGAUUUAAGGUCACCAUAAUGAGGACCAAUAACCAAAACGUCAUCAUUGUUGUCGACAAAUGGAGCUAAAUAUGUGGCCAGUGCAGAGCACCCACAAAAAAUCUAAAGCCAAUACCCGACACCGAAGCACUCACCGGGUUGGUUGGAUGGAAGUCAGCAUUUUUGGGACACUGCUUUGAUUUGCAUUUUUUCCCACUCGCUGGUGUUCUACUCCGGCAAUGCAGGUCUUGCUAUUCUACACUUUUUUGGGCUAUAAAGUUGGUGGCUUCGAAGGGAGUCACCAACAGUUCUUCUCCGUUCGCCACUUCAGCAGCAACUUCCUCCAAAAUGGCAUUCAACCUUCGCAACAUCCUCGCCAUCGCUUUCCUGGCUUUGACCGCCGUCUGCGCCGAGACCAUCCAGCUGCAGCCCACCCAAGGCAUCCUAAUCCCCGCUCCAUUGGCCGAGAACAUCCGUGUGUCGCGUGCUGCUUACGGCGGAUACGCUGCCCCAGCCGCCGCUCCCUCGUACUCUGCCCCCGCUGCUCCAUCCUAUGCCGCACCAGCCGCUCCUGCUGCUCCCGCCUACUCUGCACCAGCUGCUGCUCCCGCCUACUCCGCCCCAGCUGCUCCGGCCUACUCCGCUCCAGCUCCUGCCGCUCCCGCCUACUCCGCCCCGGCCUCCAUCCCGUCGCCCCCGUGCCCCAAGAACUACCUGUUCAGCUGCCAGCCCUCUCUCCAGCCCGUUCCCUGCUCCGCCCCAGCUCCAUCCUACGGCUCCGCCGGCGCGUACUCCCAGUACGUGCCCCAGUACGCCGUGCCAUACGUCCGGGAGCUGUAAAAACGAUCAUUACUCUGAAGACAAACCGAACUCUUGAAUAAAAUGCAUUGCUUAUAAAAAAA